AUGGAUUCCGACAGCGACUCCGACAGCGACAAUCCCGACGGCCCUAAGGACAUGCCCAACGUGAGCAAUACGUCUGCCAGUGGGGCGACACUUCCUUCCGACGGCCUUCCUAGAGAUGCCCAAGGAUACCUCAUCGUCGAUCCUAACAAUCCCCCUCCCUUCCCUACCUAUCCUCGGCAGACGCGGCUUCUCUCUGGUUUGUUCGAUCGCCAGAUUUGGGACAAGCCUCUUCCCGUUAGGCCCGACCUCAAUCUCGAGGAAGUCUUCAGAUAUGAUGAUGAGCUAGAGGAAAGGCUCAAAAGCAUCCCGAUGCCGUCUCCUUCCCCUCCACCGCCGUCACCCGCACCGGAGAGAGUAAUCAAGAAGAUGCGCGUCUCUGAGCCCGGUCCGAAUCUGGACGAUAAUACGCAGAUAGGAGGAUUCGAGGGGGAUGAGGAUGUUGAUGAGAAGGGUGCUGGUGAAGGUACUAGCACUUUCGGCAAGGGGGCCAUCAUCCCAGGCCCAAAUGGGGAUACUGAAGAGGAAAUGGGAAAGACACACCUGCGACUCUUCAACAAUGCUCUGAAGAAGGUUACGGCCAAGAACCAGGGCAUCCAACGCAAGAACCAGUGGCUUAGCGCAACGAAGGAGGUUUGCCUACAGAGCUACCUAGCCAAACAACCGAACAUGACUAUCACCGAGAAGAACCGCGCCUGUCAUAGGUACGUUAUCAACCACCAACUAUGCGUCACCCACAAGAACAGAAAGGAUGUUGCGCUGCCUCUUGAGGACGGCAUCAGGGCUCCCAAAGAAAGCUCCGAUAACGUUGCAUUCUGGAUUGAGCCGAAAGCCUAG